AUGUGCAGCAGCGAGUCUCUUUACCCCGCCGCCGCCGACCAGCAUCAGCAGAUGCAUGAUGGCCAUGCAGACGACGCCACCUCCUCGGGGGGGGAGAGCGAGGGGUUGGAUAGGGCCGGUGGCGCCGGGGAUGCGGGCAGCGGCGGCGACAUGGACAGCAAAAGAAGGCGAAGGCUCGAGCUCAACAGAAAGGCCGCGAAAGAGUCUAGGCGGAGAAAAAAAAUGCGCAUCGAGGAGCUGGGGAGAAGCGUGGUUUUCUUGACAAGAGAGAACCAGGAGCUUCGGGAACAGAACGAGAUCUUUCGACAAAUGGUGGCUUCCGAGGUGUCGCCGGAUGGAAAGAUAGGCUUCAACACCAAGUUUCGGGCGGAAAACGCGGCUCUCCGGAUGGCGCUGUACGAGGCGGAUAAGACGCACGGCUCGUCGUCAAAUCGGCUGCACCAACCGAAACAAGAUAUGGAAGGAGGCGCAGCAGGCGCGGGCUCGCGCUUAGGCAAGAGCCCCACCGGCAUGUCUCUAUCGGAACACCCCAUGUCCGGACCUGUCCCUUCUCUAGCCGCCGCUGCUGCCGCCGUCGGAAACGCUCAGCCUUCCUCUUCCUCCGGGAUGUCGUCUUCAUCUCACUCCUUGCUGUCGUCUCUCCCGCCACCGCCGCCCGGCGGCGGCGGCGGCGGCGGCAGCGGCGGCGCCGGAGGCGACAAGAUGUCGUCGUCGCCGACGUCCUCGCUCCACAGCUCUCCUUCCACAUCCGCCGCUUCCAUGAUGAUGUCGUCCUCCCUCCCGCAGCACCUGUCCUCUACGGACGGCAAGGUGAACGGCGGCAGCAUCAACGGCAGCAGCCGGGUAGGUGGUGGUACGUGUAGCUUGCUGGAUGGGCCGGGGGCGGCAGGGGCGGCCGGAAGCGGCGGUGUGUCCGGCGGCGGGAAUCGCAUGAUCGCGCCCGCCGGCAUCGGCGCUCCCUUCAUGAGCGGCGGGGGACUCGGCGUACUGGCGAGCCUAACGGGUGGAGGGAGGGACGGCACCGGGACGUCGCAGCCGAGCAGCGGCGGGAGAUCCUUGCAUCCGAAGUCUAUGUCCACUUUCGUCAGUGUCCCCGGCGGUGCUGUGGGGGCGGCGGCGGGAAGGUCGACCGCACCCCCCCACCCCCAGUCGUCGUCGAGCUACGGGCCCCCCGGGUACAGGACGGAUGCAGCCGGUGCCGGCGGUCGGAAGUUGGAUCGAGAAGAACGAGGAGAGGGGGGAGGGCCGGGCGGGUUGGACUACGCGAUGAUGGCGAGAGCGUCGGCGAACGCAGCCAUGUGCUACCAGCGGGGCCGGAUCAGCUGA